AUAGCCGAAAUACGCCGUGGUCAGGUACGCAGGAUCAUUGAGAAGAUGAUGCUGAUCGGAGUCGUACUGUUUGCCAUUUGGGCCAGGACCGCCGUGUCGGAGCUGCCUCCUGGAGUAACGACAUGCCCGCGAACGAACAAUUUGUCGGAAUACAAUAAAUGUGUUGUAAAGCAGCUACAAGCGCUCACGCCGUAUCUCGCCAAAGGAGUGCCCUCAUUGAAAUUACCGGCUUUAGAUCCUUUAUUUUUGCCAUCCUUGACCGUAGAUAGAAACUUAGAAUCCUUGAAAAUCAGGGCCAACAUGAGCCAGAUUCGUGUUUACGGCGGCACGAAUUACAGCGUGCAGGAUCUCAAAGCGAAUCCCAAUGACUUAACGAUUUUCAUCAAGGUUCGACUGCCUCAUAUGUAUGUAAGCGGCGAUUACGAUGUUCAGGGUAGGCUAUUGUUGCUGCCUCUAAGCGGACUUGGUAACUUUAAAGGAAAUUUCACUGACACUGAUGCCCAAGUAAACGCGCAAGCUAAAGAAAUUACUGAUAAAAACGGCGUGCAGAGGAUCGAGAUCGACAAGUUAGUUACUAAAAUCCGUGUCGGCGAUGGAAAUAUCGUACUGAAGUCACCUCCUGCUCACACUUUAGCAGCCAAUGCCGCCGCAACGUUCUUCAAUGCGAAUCCCCGUCUAGUCCUGGAUAUAGCCAGUCCAAUUAUCGAGGAUACAGCCGCGACCGUGAGCAAAGCUCUAGCCGCUAGAGCACUCGGUGUUCUUACUAAGCAAGAACUCGUGCCCUAGUUCUUAAAUAGUAGACGUUUAAUUCGAUAUAUCGUUUGGUCUUUCAUAAAAAAAGGGAUAGAAAUGACGAAUAUUACUUUGAGUAUUAGUCAAUCUGAUGAUUUAGUUUUUAUCUACUUUUUUAUCGCGCAUUGUGAUAAUUUUCCAGUUGGUAGCCAGUUGGUAAGGUAGAAGGUGAGUCGGUAGAGAAUUGUUAUUUUAUGUCCAAAGAAGAUAUUUUAUUAAUUAAUCACGUUGUGCAUGAAUCUCAAAGAGACAUUUUACACCUUUAUACGUGAAAAGUAUUGAAAUGUUUAUUCUUUUGUUUAGCAGGAUUAUAAGAAAAUACAUGUUACAUAAACUGAUUUGCUGACGUUUUCUGUUUUUUAUUUGACAAAUUGUUAUUUACAUACGUAUACAUUUGCUCGUUAUAUCUAUUUUUAAUAGAUGAUAGUUAAAACUAUUCUGCACAUAAAUAUCAUACAUAUAUUGUAUAAGAUCAAUAAAAAGAUUAUACUAAUAGCGCAAAAAUGUUUUAUGAUGAUCUUUCGUCCAAUUAAAUCGCACAUAUAAAACAUUUUUUUACAAAAACACACAUUUAUCCGUACAAUAAUUUAAACAUGAAUAACAUGAUCCCCAAAUUUUCAUGAUUCUCUCUCUCUCUCUCUCUUUUUUUUGGUUUAAUAUAGUUAAAGUAAGUUUUUUGAGAAGUUACAGUUUUACAAUUAUACGAUAUUAGUGAUAUUAUCAAUAUUGAAAAAAAAAUCAAUUUGUUAUAUAAUACUAAUUUUCAUGAUUCAUACCUUAUUCAUUCGUCUUAUUAAAUCAUUGCUCACGCUCAUUUAGAAUGAAUAACAAGGUGAUUAUCGCAAUCAAAAGAUAUAGAAUCAGGUCUAUAAAGACAAUUCUGAGAAACUUAUGUGCGCUAUGACUAUUCUAAAGUAUCUUGAAGCUAUGAUUAUUCUAAAGCUGUAUUUUGUUUGCCUUGCACUUUUUUAUGAAAUAUUUACAUAAUUUUGAUAUGUGUACAAAUUUAACAAAAUGUAAUUAUUCAAUCAAAUCCAUACGAUUCUUUUGCAUUAAAAUUGCAUUUUAUGUGCAGUUUGUCGUGCUGUUUCUUAUUCAAUACGUUUUAGUAUUUUUUAAUAUUUUCCUAAAAAUGAAAGAAAAAUAUUUUUUAAAUGUACCUUUCUCUUUUAAACUUUAAAAUACUAAUUGUCACAUAUGUGGAGAAAGUGUCAAAGGAAAGUAUAUUAAAUAUAUCGCCAACGAAAAAUU